GCCAGUGAGAGUUCAGGCUUUCGUCAGGAAAACAGGGUUUCAAGGCUCAGAGAACGAAGGAAUCCUAACAAAGCAGCUGGUCACCACCAGCUUCUCAAAGCAGCACUUGGCUGUAAAGGGAAGCAAGGAGAGCCAUCAUGGGAUCUUUAAUCUCGAAACCAUUGUUAAGGUGUGAAAUGGAAAUGAUUAAGAAAGCCUUGGAGAAUAACCGUCUCUCAGAAGUGCUUGAGGAAAGUAACACCAACUUGAAUUUGUUGAAGAACACCACCUUAGACAUUGCCAUCACAGGGGUGACGGGUGCUGGAAAAUCAUCGCUUGUCAAUGCCCUGCGAGGAAUGACUGACUAUGAAGAAGAUGCAGCUGAAACUGGGGUGGAACAGACAACGAUGCAGCCAGAGAAAUAUCUGUAUCCUAAGUUCCCAGAAAUAACAUUGUGGGAUCUACCAGGAAUUGGCACACCUGAAUUUAAACCAAAUGAAUACCUAAAGAUGGUAAAUUUUAACACGUACGAUUUCUUCAUCAUAGUCUCCUCUGGACGCUUCACUGUGAAUGAUGCCAUGCUGGCCUUAGAAAUUAAAAAGAUGAAUAAGCAGUUUUACUUCGUUCGCACCAAAGUGGAUCAGGAUAUUUCUAACGAGGGACAGAAGCCAAACUUUAGUGAGACACAAACCUUGAAAAAGAUAAGAACAAACUGCUGUUCCAAUUUGACAAAAGAAGGAAUCGUCAAUCCAAGGGUUUUUCUAGUAUCCAGAUGGGAUUUGAAUAAGUACGAUUUCCCUAUUCUGCACCAGACCCUAGCAGAAGACCUGAAUGAUCUCAAGAGACCUCUUCUGAUUAUGGCAAUGCCUGCUUUCUCAAGCGAACACCUGGAGCAGAAAAAGGCAGUUGUGAAGGCCCUCAUCUGGAAAAAAGCCCUUAAGUCUUGUGGCGUUGGAGCAAUCUUAGUGCCUGGUCUCUCUGUUGCUUAUGACGUUCACCUCUUAGUAUCAGCGAUGAAAGAGAUCUGCGUGACUUUUGGCUUGGAUGAAGAUUCCCUCCGUAAUCUUGCAGAACGGAUUCGCAAACCAGUUGGCGUGUUGAAAUCUGCUGUCCGAAAGACUCCCAUGGCUAGCCAGAUCAAUUCGGAAUUUGUGAAGUCUCUUGCAACCAAGGUCCUGCUUGUCACCUCUGCAAUGGUGGCAGAAGAGUUGUUACGUUUUAUCCCGGUUUUAGGCUCUCUAGUUGGUGGAGCUACCUCUUUUGCUACCACUUAUUACGUGCUGAAGAGCUUUCUGGAAGAUGCCGUGGAAGAUGCCAAAAAUGUUCUGGUAGAAGCUCUUGAACCAGUUAUGGAUGCCACUCGAAAACAAUUCAUAGAAAAGGAUUUUAUUAAACUGAGGUCCAAUUUGGAAAACAAAAGUCUCCGAAGUGCGUUAGCUGAAACUGAUAAAAAAUUAAAACUAUUAGAAAACACAACGCUUCAUAUUGCUGUCACAGGGAAUUCGGGAGCUGGUAAAUCGUCCCUUCUGAAUGCCUUUCGGAAUAUGACAGAUGGCGAAGAAGGUUCAGCUAAAACGGGGGUGGAACAGACAACUAUGGAGCCAGAGAAAUAUCCACAUCCUGUAUUCCCAGAGAUUACAUUAUGGGAUCUACCGGGAAUUGGGACACGUGAAUUUAAGGCAAAAGAAUACCUAAAGAAGGUCAAUUUUAGCAGGUAUGACUUCUUCAUCAUCGUCGCGUCAGAACGCUUCACCAUGAAUGACGCGAUGCUGGCCUCAGAGAUUCAAAAGAUGAAGAAACGGUUUUACUUUGUCCGCACCAAAGUGGAUCAGGCGAUGGAUAAUGAGAGAAGGAAGCCAAACUUCAGUGAGACACAAACCUUGGAACGGAUAAGAACAUAUUGCCUUUCCAAUUUGAUAAAAGAAGGAAUAGUCAGUCCAACGGUUUUUCUAAUAUCCAGAUGGCAUUUGAAUAUGUACGAUUUCCCUACUCUGCAUAAGACCCUAGCAGAUGACCUGAACGAUCUCAAGAGAUCUCUUCUGAUUAAGGCGAUGCCCGCUUUCUCAAGAGAACACCUGGAACAGAAAAAGGAAGCCAUGGAGGACCUCAUCUGGAAAAAAGCCCUGAAAUCUUGCGGCGUUGGGGCGAUCUUUCUGCCCGGUCUCUCUGUUGCUUUCGACACUGCCCUCUUAGUAUCAGCGAUGAAAGAGAUUUGCAAGACCUUUGGCUUGGAUGACGACUCCCUCCAUAAUCUUGGGGAACGGGUUGGUAUGCCAGUGGAUGUGCUGAAAUCUGCUGUCCAAAAGACUCCGAUGGGGAACCAGAUCAAUUCGGAUUUUGUGUGGUCUCUCGCAGCCAAGUUUCUGCUGUGUGGCUGUGCAAUAGCGAUGGAAGAGCUUUCGCAUUUCAUACCCAUCUUAGGCUCUCUACUUGGUGGAGCGGUUUCUUUUGCAGCCACCUAUUACAUGCUGAAGGACUUCCUAGAAGAUGCUGAGAAAGAUGCUGAGAGUGUUCUGGCAACAGUUGCUAACUAA